AUGGCCAGUAUAUAUGGUGCUACACUUGGCAUCUUCUCUUGUGACUUCGAUUCCAAUCACGAGGGUAGUUCACAGAUGCAGCCAGGAAUGCCAGUGAUCUUGGAAUCAAAAACCGAUGAUUCCCUAAGACGAGGUGAGUUCCACGUCAAACUUAUUCUUAGUGCCAAUUUGGGGCAGAAAACGAAAAUCAAUGCUGUGAAUUCCGAUAAAGAUCUGAAUCGGUCAAUUCGGCGGAAGCUGCUUCGUCAGAGGUCUGUACAGUAUCCUGCACAGCAACCUGUGAGACGGAUUCGAACAGUGAGCCAACCGAUUGUGGAACGGAUUCGAACAAUAAGCGAAAACAUUCCUAUUUAG